GGAGAUACCAGUAUGAAAGUAAUCGUGGUUCUAUCAGCUUUAUUAGCAGCGGUGAGUGCUCUUCCUAUUGAAGAGCGUGUAAAUGGUGAAAAUGGCUGGUUUGUACCUCAGAAUGAUGGAAGUCUUGAGUGGAUGGACUUAAAAGAUGCCGAGAAGCUCAUAGAAAACAAUGUUCCAAUCCAAAGACUUUCCAAUGAAGUGUCCUUCUACCUCUACACCAGAAACAACCCAACAGAAGGCCAGAACAUCAUUGCAGAGGCAUCUUCCGUUCAAAAUUCGCUUUUCAAUAAGAACCUCGGCACUCGUUUUGUGAUCCACGGAUGGAAGGGAAAAUACACCGACAGCAUGAAUGUCGAUAUCACCAAUGCCUGGCUUUCAAGAGGGAACUUCAAUGUGAUCGUUGUCAACUGGGAGGGCUCCCAAUCCAUUGAUUAUGCCAUGUCGGUGCGAGCUGUUCCUGCAGCUGGAACGAAAGUGGGCGAGAUGAUCGAGUAUCUGCACGAAAAUCACGGCUUGUCCCUUGAUACUCUGAAGGUUAUUGGACACAGUUUGGGAGCUCACGUGGCUGGUUUUGCUGGGAAGCAAGUGGGGGGUAAGAGGAUUCACACCAUUGUGGGUCUGGAUCCCGCCUUGCCGCUUUUUAGCUACGACAAACCCGACCAGCGUCUCUCCAGCGAAGACGCUUUCUAUGUGGAGUCCAUUCAAACUAAUGGCGGAGUGAAGGGUUUCGUGAAGCCCAUUGGAAAGGCCACUUUCUACGCGAGUGGAGGAAGGAAGCAGCCAGGAUGCGGAAUGGACCUCGCAGGAACCUGCUCCCACGCCCGCUCCGUACUCUACUACGCCGAGGCCAUCACCAAUGACAAUUUCGGGUCCUUAGAGUGCCAGGACUACCAAGAUGCCCUGGCCAACGAGUGCGGCAACACUUUCAGCAGCGUUCGCAUGGCAGCUGAAGAGAAUGCCGACUCCGUGGAGGGCCACUUCUACGUGCCCGUAAACAGCGAGGCUCCAUUCGGCACAGCUGAGUAGAGACCUUUGAAAAAUAAAUAUCAAGUAAAUGUGCUCCCAAA